AAAGUUACACUCUGAUACGCGAAAAAAAAUUUGUUUUUUUUAAAGAAAAUUCGAAUUUAUCCUGAAAGCUUUUUGCAUGGCUUCAUACGAGAAUUCUAGAAUCACGCAAAACAAGAGAAAUGCGCAUCAAAUGCUGAGAAUCUCGUAAAAUCUUUAUUCGUUUUCCAUAUAUAUCACCUACCGUAUCACUCGAGCAAUAUUUCAAAGUACGAGUUAUACCCCGCAUAAAUUCCACCAUCAACGCUUAUUUUUUUCAACCUAUACCGACAAAACUAAACCAGUAUAUUUUCUCAAAUUUAAGUGCGUCUGCUGUCCGAACACCAACAAGUUUCUGUACUUAAUCGCGCUCUAAAAUAAGAAGUUAAAGCUUGUGCUACUGGUGUCGCUGUAGAUUGUUAAACUUUGAUCCCCGCUAAAACAGACUUACAACGCAGCACAGUGUGUACAAUAGAACGAACAGCGGGUCCGCCUUGAAGAAUGCUGGAUCCGCUCGUAAAUUCGCCCAAGUCACCCUCGACCAAGAUGAAACUGCAGCCGCGGGACACGACAACGCGGGGGCAGGAGACAAGCCACGACCUCUAAAUUUUCCUUUGUAGAAAAAAAAGGAGCGAGAAAACACUGUGAGACUAGACAAAGGCGUUAUUAAUCCAGGAUCACCGGGAGGAGGACAAAAAAAAACAGAGAGAAAAGCUCGUCCGGAGGCGUAUAGUGAGGAAGGAGGGAUUAGCUCGACCGCUGUUUGUUUGCGACGCAACAACAAGCCGGCGACGUAUUAUAAUCGGGCCGCGCUCGCAACCGCGCGAAUUUGCAUUGGCCGAUGUGACGAGGGUUCAACGACGCGCGGCUCUCUCUCUCUCUCUCUCUCUCUCUUUCUCUCUCACUCUAUCGUUUUCGCACGCACUGUUAUGCAGUAGAGCGAUGGCGAAAAUCGAAAAGCUGCUGAUGCAGCUGCUGAGCUUGCUGCUGUUUGCUGCGUCGGCUAAAGCGCUCUACUUUCCCCAAUCAGAUCUGAGCGUGAGAAUACCGUACUCAGGAAACGGGAUUAGACUGAAUUCAGAUAUCAACCUCAUUACUAUAAGGACGCUGCGAAAUGAUUCGACUUCGGCAGAAGAUCCGGAUUAUCAAAUUUUGCCUUCCAAACAAAAGUUCGCUAGUCUCGAUCCCAAGAAUGGAAACAUCGUGCUGCAAGCUUUACCCAAAGGAGAAGAUGCCAAUACGGUACUUGUUCAGGCGAAAGAGAAAAGUGGUUCCGAAGCUAUCCUAGAGAUAAAAAUUCUUCCACAAGCCGUUAAGGGUGGCAAGAUCAAUUGCACCGACUACCUGCAGGACAUGUGCUUUUGGAGCAAGUCCAAGUACAGGAUUUACGAGAAUCAACCGGUGACGAUGCUGGGCACACUUGGACCCGACGUUUACAAAUCCAUUUGUCCAAAAUUUUUUGUUACCGGAUACGAACUAUCGAAUGGAACAGAUUUUUUUCAUAUCGUGGACAAUAAAAUCUAUUCCAACGAUUCGCUAGACCGCGACACACUGGAGCCUCCAAAAGGUACUGGACCACACGCAAAUGUCAACGUUAAGUGUGUUAUCUGGGAGGAAACAACGGGAAUACAGUACACCAAAGACAAGAUAAUUACUAUAGACAUCUUGGAUCAAAAUGACAAUCCACCCGUGUCACAGACUAACGGUAGCGUCGAGAUACAUUUGAAGGAUUUUACAAAGGGUGACAGACUGGAUGAAAAAGAUUUGAUAAUCAAGGAUGCUGAUGAUAUUAAUACUAAUUCGUACAGUGUUCAAUUGCUCGAUGAUGUAUUCAAUGCUUUAAAUUUGACGUACGAUAUCAUACCAAUCGAGCAUCCGAAGAAACCACUAGUUCCGUCGUCGACUGCGAUUUUCGCAAGGCUCUACUCGAAAACUACCCUUCUGCCAAAAUCACCGUAUCGCGUGAUACUGCAAGUCACAGAUGAAUCGCUGCUGCCUGGUUUUGGGAAAAACACGGUGAACAUAACGCUGUCGUUCGUCGGGCCUCGGCAUCACACCACGACGACUACGGCCUCGAUUCCUGUGAAGCAACGGAUAGACUAUCCCGAGUCGGUGCAGUUAUCGCGAGACUCCAGUCAAUACUACCGAGUAACCCAGCCUCAGCAGAGGGUCAAUUCUAAAGUCGUGUUCAGUCUGCGCGGCCCUGUGGCUUUCAACAUCACGAGCACCGGCGGCAUCGUCUUCGUUGCCAAUGCCAGCACGCUUCUCUCUAUUUCCUCGAAGAUAAGUUUACGGAUUGAAUGGCGCACCCCGGACCAGAAGCUCUCUUCUACUACUCUAACAGUCAAGAUCGUAGAUCCUACGAGUACGUGCAAACAGAAUCAAAUGAGCGUUCACUCGUGCGCAAACGCCAAGUCUGCGGGAGAAUGCGAAGGGAGAUGCGGCAUUGGCACUGGAACUUUGAACGCGAGCACAGCUGAUGCGGGCGGCUGCGUUUGGCGAUCAAACAAGGCGAAUAACAGCACGAUGACGGAAAACUACGAAACCUGCUCAUCCGAUCUGACUUACUGUCCCAAUUACAUAUGCGAUGAACUCGAACACCUCGAUCCACGAAUUUGUCCACAGGAUUGUGCCCUUGAAUCGGAGCUACGUUUUGCGGAAGUGAACAAAAACGGUCGAGGAAUACGCAGCGGCUUCGGUACUUGCUGGUGCGACGACUACAUGCAGUGCACGUGCGGUGCGAGCUUUCGCAGUGGCAGCGGUAGCUCGGGAUCCGGAAACAAGGAGGCUCGCGAGACAAGGAUGAGAAAAGAGCGUGACAGACUCCCACAGGCCGUCAGCUCGGAUGCCCGGAAGGCUACAAACAGUACGUGCGGUCCUACGUGCUUAAUUGGAAUAAUUGCUGCGAGUCUAUUCGUUCUCAUAAUCAUCGUCGGCUCGUUCAUCAUGUGGAGAUACAGAAUCGUAAAUAAGGUGCCACGUCGGAGCUGCAUGCACAGGGGGAGCGAUGCCGCUAAUGGCCUCGGAAUUUUGCCUCUGGAUUAUGUUGAUCGUGGCGACGGCCUCCUAAUCGGCUUGGAAUCCCUGACGGCCGUCAAUCGCACGCUGCUCGCUCAGAAGAGUUCCCCGCCGGACCCAAAGUGGGAGUUCCCGCGAUCGCGUCUGUCGAUCGAGCAGGUGCUGGGCGAGGGCGAAUUCGGCCGCGUACUUCGCGCCAAGGCUCAGGACAUCGCAGGCUGGCAGGGGCAGACUACCGUCGCCGUGAAGACCCUGAAGGAGGAUGCGAGUGCCUCGGAGCUGGCCGAUUUGCUCUCGGAAUAUCAGCUGCUCAAGGAGGCGCAACAUCCAAACGUUAUAAGACUGCUCGGCGCCUGCACGACCGCAGGUGGUCCGAUCUACCUCAUCAUCGAAUUUGCCGAGUUUGGCUCCCUGAGAAACUAUUUACGACGAAGCCGACACUUGGAGUCGGAGGGCCGUGUGCCGUGCUCAACUUUGCUCUUAUCCUCGUCGCCCAACAACGUGAAGCCUGUGGAUCAGCCGAGCAUCGAUCCAGUCGUGAACUACACGAUCACGCCCAGAGAUAUACUUUCGUUCGCAUGGCAAAUCAGCAAGGGAAUGGCUUACCUCGCCGAUAUCAAGUUGGUGCAUCGAGAUUUGGCGGCGAGAAACGUGCUACUCGGAGCGGGCAAGGUCUGCAAGAUUUCGGAUUUCGGUCUUACCCGAGAUGUUUACGAAGACGAUGCUUACUUGAAGCGCAGCAAGGGCAGAGUACCGGUAAAGUGGAUGGCUCCGGAAUCCUUGGCCGAUCACGUCUACACGAGCAAGUCAGAUGUCUGGAGCUUCGGAGUGCUCCUCUGGGAAUUAGUGACGCUCGGCGCAUCGCCUUAUCCCGGUGUCGACGUACACAAUCUCUACAACCUACUCAAGGCUGGAUACCGCAUGGAGAAGCCAGCCAAUUGCUCGCAUCAGCUGUACAAACUUAUGGUUUCCUGCUGGCACGACGAACCCGGAAUGAGGCCAUCGUUUAAGGAGCUUACUUGUCACUGGGAGCGUAUGCUCGAGGACGCGGUUGAGUACCUCGACUUGAACCCUCGUACAGUUCAUAACCAGGCCUACUUCACGUCACUGCAUGCUUUGGAUAGUCCUUGUUCAAGCAGUGAUUCGACUAAAAACGUCGUUAGCUAUGCCCUGAUCAACGGUAAAAAUCAGCAGCGGACAAAUGCCGUGAAUUAUAUGAGCAAGCCUUCGUUUGAACCGAUAAGCAAGUCCGACAAGGUGGAUAAGUUGGAAGCACUGUGGCACGAACCAUUGCCUUCCAGUUGCUAUCCAGAAACUGAGGAGUCCUCGCGUUCGAGCUACGUGAACGAGGCUGCAUCCGAAGCGCAUCGUCGCCAGCAACAGAUAGACGCGCACUACGAAAGCCCGAUAAAGCUGCGCCACGUGAGCGUUGCUAGCUGCAGCGAAAACGAGCUUGCACCAGAGCCCUCGACGAGUUCUGGAGGUAGGCCUCAAUCUUACAUAGACAUGCAGGCUGGGGUCAGCUGCAAGUCCAGGGAGUCGGAAGACUUAUUGCUGUCGUUCGGCAGUAUAGACACUACUACUAGUAGGGAUGACGAAGCUAUGAACGACUUUGACGUUUGAGUGCGUAUGAUGAUUGGACCGUAAUGAGCCAAUUUUCUAUGGAGUAAAGCCUAAGAUUCGCGCGAGCAACAUUUGCUAGUCUUAACAUGUGAAUUUUAAAAUAAGAAUUUAUGAGUUUAGAUUCAAUCUAGCACUAGAUCAAAAUAUCGUUUGAAGUUAUCAUAAAUGGCUAUGAUUUAAACUUCUUUUACGAGGAAGAAAUAUAGUUCAUUUUUGCGAUUAGCAAUCACACACAAAGAGCGAUUCGUUAAGAGUCUUAACACGUUAAACUUUAAACUUUUUAUCAAAAUAUAAAAAUGCACAUUUUAUUUUUAAUUCCAUGAAACCAUUUUCGAAACUUCAACACUGCGUGCUGUAUUAGUAUCAUGGAUAACUAGUGUUUAUAUACAUUUAUAUGAGAAAUUUUAAACAGUUGAAAUAUUAUACAAUUAACUAUAUCUAAAUUCUUGGUGUGGCUCAACUUGGGCAGUGCAUUCUCUCAGUAAAAAUCGUACGCUAAAUAUUAUAAUUUUGUUAUGCAAAUAACCAAAGAAUGAUUGAAUAUAUUGCAAGAGUAUAGAUAGAAAAUGAUUUACAAACUGAUGUCUUCUUAAAAUAUCAUUGAAAACAAAUAUUUUUGAGUUUUAUGAAAACGGCGAAGAUGUUAAUAUGAGAACUGUACUUUCGUUUGAUCCGCGUAUUCGAAGCUUGAUAAUGAGAUACUUUGAUCGACUUUAAACAACUUCAAAUAGUAUACAAAAUUCGUCAAAGAAAUAUUUCCAUCUUCGUGUACUAUUUUUACUCAGUUUAGCCGGAGUUCAAAGCUACGAUUUAUCUACGGCUAGCCCAAAUUAAUCAAAUUUCAAAGUAGAAAUAAAUAUUUUAAAUUGGCAAUACGCGUUAGAAAUAAUAUCAAUGCAAAUCAUUUACUUCCAAAAUAUCCUGACGUUAAACACCACCCAAUAAAGCUCAAACUUAACUUUAUAUCUUUAUUGAAAUAUUCGUUAACAAAAUCGAUCAGGAUGAAUUGUAAAAUUUUGAAAAAUAAUUUGUAAAACUUUCACUAAAAUUCGUCUUAACAAAUUUCGAAGGUGUUUCUUCGAAAUAUCAUUAAUUAAACAAGCAUUAGGUAAAAGUAUCGUGAAAAUAUGCAUUUAACAAGUUUGGCAGUCUCUAAUUGUUAUUAUUAUUUGUUAAUUGUUACUACAUUGUAAUUUUAUACUCACAAAAUGACAUCUCAAUUACGUUUAUUUUACUGUGUUAUAGCUACUAUGCAAUGUAAAUAUUGCAAUAAAAUCGGUGUACAUUUUAACUUGAUUAAAUAUAUAAUUUAAAUGCUAUAAGAACAAUGGAUGAUGAUAAUAAACGGAAUGGACCAGAUAGAAUCGCAACAGGAAACAAAUAUAUCUUACAAAUAAAUAGCAUCACUUGAUAUGAUUAGAUAAAACAGAUAAUAUACUCCACAAUAAGUGAUUAUUCCUACACGAAUUAUAAGAUACUGAUUCAACCAAAGAAAUAUAUAUAUACAUACACAUGAAUUUGAGGUGUAUAUUUUAAUAUAACAUGAUUUACAAUAAAACUUGUUCAAUGUCACCCCCACGAUGAUAAAUCGUAAUAUAAAUACACAGUAUUUUCGACAAAAGCCACUUAUUAUAAGUGUCUUCAUGUAUAAAGGUAUAGCUUAUAUUAUAAUCAUGCAACUAGUUAAAACACAAACUUGUGCAUCUAAUAUAUGCUUAAGUUUUUAUUCAUUAAAAUAAUUGAUUAUAAUACUUGGUUAAAAUAAUUAAAAUCGUAUGCGAGUAAUUUUUAUAUAUUUAAAAUGCCUUUCAGAAAAGUUUUAAUUCUGUGAUGAUUGUAAAUAUAAAUAUUAAAAUUGUAAAAUAGUUAGCUUAGCUUUAGAUUACUUACGAUUUUUUGUUAUAGAAUUAACUGCGAUUUAAAUAUACCAAUGAGUUUAUAUGAUUUAUGUUUGAUAUAGAAAUAUAAUGUCACAGAUUUUCUUAUUAUAAGCAUGAUUCGGCGAUUGAGCAUUUUUGCAUAUUUU